AUGCCUCUGACGCCAGCACAAAAGGCGGCGAUCGAGGAAUUGAUUGGGAUCCUAUCCAGCGCAACCCCUCCACGUGGAAAGCGUCUGCUUUCAACCAUGUUCAUGGAGCUUGUUGACCGCUCCGACUGGCCCGAGUACUACGAGGUUAUUCCCGAGCCACGCUGCAUCAAGGGUGUCCAGGCCAGUGUGGAGAAGAACAGGUACAAAGACGCGUCAGCUGCAUACACCGACUUGUCACUCGUGUUUUGGAACGCCAUGUUCUACAACGAAGAAGGGAGUCAGAUAGCCAGCGACGCAGAGACCCUCAAGUCCAUGCUCGUCGCAGAAUGGCAGAAGCGUCCCCUCCUUGGCGCUGUUCCCCGCCUCGACCCGCCCCCACAGUCCGCCCAGAAGGUCCACGGCCCUUCAGAGCCCGAGCCCGCCCCGUCGACUUCCGCGCAGACAAGGUCUACCACGGCAAUUCGCGCAAACAGCGCUCAAGCUCAGCCUCAACGAACUGCGUCUACCCCUAAACCCACACCACGCGCGGCCUCGCCUUCGUCCUCGGCCCAAGACAUGGACGUCGACAUCGGCGGCUCGCCCGACCUGGACCAACCCGGCUCGGCGCUCGAUGCAGAAGCGGAGGCGGACAGGUCAGCAGACGGCGACGAGGAGAUCGUGCGGCAGCUGGAGAGGACUAUGCCCCGCUGGGAAGGGUUCGGCGAAAAGGGAUGGAUGGCGGAGGUCGGCCAGGACCGCCUUUUGGAAAUUGUACUCGCAAUCAAAGAUCACAAGGACACUGCUGUAGGCACGCGCCCAGCUCAGUCCCUCGAAGUCAUUCCCGAGGACUCAACGUCGCCCAAUUUAUCGUACCAGGCUCCACUAUCGCUGCAGCUUAUUGAGGGACGCGCGCGGGCGGGAUCGUAUGCGGGUGCGCAGGCGUUCGAUCUCGACGUGAUGCGCCUGUUCGAGAAGGCGCGCAGGUACUACGAGCCGUGCACUGAGCCGUACGGGCAUGUGUUGCUUCUACAGCGCCUGUACCAGGCCCUCACAUCGUCCUCGCCGCCCGCAGGCCCGCCCUACACCUCCAGCACCAACUUCGCCUUCGUCCGCGCUGGCCCGGGCAACGCCCGGCCGCUGCACUCAUCCGGAGGCGGUGGCGGGCCCAGCGACGGAGGCGGCGGCAACGAGGGCGCGGCGGUGACGACGUUCCGCGUGACGACCAAGGACCGCCGGUUCGUCGAGGAGGUGAGCUACAAGGGCCUGAGCGUGCGUCUGGCGGACUGGCUGCACGUCGCGAACCCGGACGAUCCGAGUCGCCCGAUUGUGGGGCAGGUGUUCAAGUGUUGGGUUUCGGAGGAGGCAUCUAGGAAGGGGCAGCCUGGUGUGACAGUCUGUUGGUAUUACCGACCUGAACAGACGUUUCAUCCCGCUAGCAGGCGAUUCAUGGAGAAAGAAGUCUUCAAAACGAGCCACUUCGCCGAUCACCCGCUAGAAGACAUCAUCGAAAAAAUCGCGUGCCAGUUCACAGCGCGGCACAUCCGCGGGCGCCCCAAAGCGCCCGCGUGGCACCCUGGCUGCCCGCUGUACGUGUGCGACGCGCGGUACAACGACCGCGAGCGCCUGUUCGUGCGCAUCAAGAACUGGAACUCGUGCGUGCCCGAGGAGGUGCGCAAGAGCGACGAGUUCAUGCCGAUCGCGCACUUUGAGCGCCUCGUCUACCCGCGCAAGCUGCCGAGCCCGUUCAUCGUCGCUGCUGCCGCGCAGAGCGAGGCCCAGGCCCAGGAGCAGGGGCAGGGACAGAGUGGACCCGGGCAGGGGCUGCCUCAGGCGCUGGCUGCUAAGGAUAAGAAGGCGCCUGGGCCUGGGGGGAUCGGGGAGAGCGUGGAGCGGCCGGCGGGAGCCGAAGUGGACGCGGCGGGGAGGAGGAAGCCUAAUAGGACGAGAGCGCAGGCGGCGCCGCAGCAGCCUGCUCAGCAGCAGCAGCAGAUAGCAACAGCGCAGACGAGGGCGGCGGCGGUGGCUGCAACGCCGAUGACGCCCGCACAGCAGGCGUAUUAUCAGCCGUAUGUACCCACACCGGGCGCGGCACAGGCGCUCGCAGCUGCCCAGAUGCAGACGCAGGCGCAGCUCCAGAUGGCCGCUGCAGCUGCUGGCGCGGGCAGCGAUCGAGAUCGGACGAUGCUCGGUGCGGCGGGGACACUAAGCACGCCGCCGGUGGUGGAGAAGCUUCCGUCCGAGACGACGCGACACUUUGAGUGCUCUCCAGAAACAGGCGAGCUGCUCUGGUUCUCUGCACCCCCGAUGAACGUCCCGAUGGCACCUGGUCCGCGGCAUAGUCUCGCGUAUCUGCAUUUUCUCGCGAAAAAGCGCAAAAAGGCCGCUGCUGCUGAAGGGAAUGGGGAGGACGAGAAUGAGGAUGAUGCCGAUCGGGACGCAGAGGUGAAGCGGCGGAAGACGCAGGUGCGGCCGACGGCGAUGGAGUCGAUCCAGGCAGCAACGAGAGAGAUAGCGCUGGAAAGAUCGGCGUGAUGCAUUUUAAAUCUUGCUUUCUCUUGCUACCAUUUGCUAACUGCUUUCGCUCGUAGAUUACUUUGUAGAUUCCUCUAUAAUGUGCACUUGAA